CCUCUCCAAGAUGGCGGCUGCAGUAAGAUGCGGCUUUCUCGCGAGAGCCGUCUCCUUGCGAGGCAUGAUGGAAAAAAAAAGAGGCGGUGUGAGGGGGAGCUGACGUGAGGGUGCGUAGAGCGCAAGCGCAGGCCGCGGCCGCGCUGAUGGGGCGCGCAAUGCUCCUACGCAUGCGCACUGUGAGGCGGCGGGCGAUGGCCUGCGGCGGGGCGCGGAGCGCGGGUCUGGGCUGCUCCUCAGGCGGUCGUCUCGGCCCUGGCCCGCUGUGGCUGACGCUGCCGAGGGCGUUGCUGUGGAGCUGGGCCUGGACACGUUCCUGUGAGAGUCGGCUCUCGUGCCCUGCCCAGAGAUGGAAGCUCCGAGCGCUUCGGUGUUGUGGGAGCACCUCCGGCCCUGCCCCGCCCUCACAGCACCCUCACUCUCCGGCUUUCACCUCACAGCAGCUCCUGAGGAGAAGAAGGGGGACAGCGGAGCUGUGUGGGGAAGAGACUCCCGCGGGGGUGUGCUGGGCCUUGGCUUUUCCCUGACAAGUGUUUUAUGAGCUGCUGAUGUGAGCAUUGCUGCUGCAAAGAGCUGAACACUUGAGAACCUGGUGACUCCUUGGGCUAAUUCUACGUCUGGAGAGAGCUUUUACUGUUACAGCCCUCAGACUGACAUUUCGGUUAAACAGUCCUGAAGUAUUUUCAUGCUUGUGUAAGGACACCAAUUUCAAAGAGUUUUAGCGUAAAAUUUAAGGAGAGUGUGGGAGGCCCUGAAAUCUGCUUAAAACGUUCAGUACUGCUCAUUCAGCUUUAUCCACAUUGACUUCUUUCAUUAAAUAGAAGGAUCAAAAUAACCAAUGAGGGUUAGGCUAAGCCGUCCAAAGGCAAAGCGAUGUCAAUUAAACUGAUUAAUUCAGAUUCAUCAGUGAUGCUUCAGACAAUAAACAGAGGAAGAGAUGACAGAACUGUGGGCAGAGAUGAGAAGAACCGUUUAAAUGGAGCUCAUGUCCCAGCUACUGCCCUCUGUAUGCUUCACAUAAAGGCACAGAGAAGUGCAGUCAUGUGCAGCACGUUUAGCACUGAAAGCAUCUGUACAUCUCCGUAUGAUCGUGGCCAGAAAGUAGCAGUGUAUGGUCAUUCUCGGCUGGGAGAGGAGAAUGUGUUUACUGGUCAAUCCAAAAUCUACAGCUACUUGAAUCCCAACAAAUCUCCUGGUGCUCGCUCCCCACUUCAAGAAGAAAACUCUGUCAUGUAUCACGAAGUGAAAUGUCAGGGCAAAGCGCUAACUGAAACCAACAGAAAAGGAGAUGAAAAAAAGAAUGGUGGCAAUAUAAUUGAAGGUGCUAUGAAACCAGAAGACCAGAAAGAUAAGGAAAGCGGGUGCAAUACUUCAGUGCUCUCUUCUGAUCAAAAAAAACAAGAAACUGUAGAAACUGAGAAGACGCUCCUGCCCUCAGACUGUGCUGGUGAGGCCAGUGCAAAGCCAGCUCAGAAAAAGAUGGUUAAAGCAAAACGUGGACCAAGGAGGAAAACACAAGGAAGAGCACCAAAUCGAAAAGUGACAGAUUAUUACCCAGUUAGAAGAAGUUCCAGGAAGAGCAAAUCUGAACUGGAGACUGAGGAAAGGAGGAAAAUCGAUGAGCUAAUUACAAGUGGGAAAGAAGAAGGAAUGAAGAUUGAUUACAUUGAUGGCAAAGGGAGAGGAGUAAUUGCUACUAAACAUUUUAAUCGUGGAGAAUUUGUAGUUGAAUAUCAUGGAGAUCUCAUAGAGAUCACUGAUGCUAAAAAGCGGGAGGCUGUGUAUGCUCAAGAUCCAUCCACAGGCUGCUAUAUGUACUAUUUUCAGUACCUCAGCAAAACGUACUGUGUUGAUGCUACAAAAGAAACUAAUCGUCUGGGAAGACUGAUUAAUCACAGCAAAUGUGGCAAUUGUCAAACAAAGCUUCAUGACAUUGAUGGCGUGCCUCAUCUCAUAUUGAUAGCUUCCAGAGACAUUAAAGCAGGUGAAGAACUGUUGUAUGACUAUGGAGACAGAAGCAAAGCUUCCAUUGAAGCUCAUCCAUGGCUAAAACACUAAUUCUUCAUCUUUUUGGUGUGGUUUUAGGUUGUUUUUUGGGGGGGUGGUGGAGACUUAGUGCUCUGCAUGGAGUCAGUGGAUUUUUUUUUUCCUCCGUCCUCACUUCCCUCAGCUUUCUUAGAGAACUGCCUAUGGUGUUCUGAGCUCUUUGAAAACUACAUUUUUACUUUGCAGUAUUUAAAUUCCCAUUACAGAUUUCCAAGCAGGCUCAAGUUUUCUCUUAGAUUGCCAAAACUUCUGUACUGUAAAAGGAAGCCCUCCCUAGAAAACAGUACCCUUCUGCGUAGUGACCACUGCCACCUGAGCAUGCAAGGACUUGCACAGAUUGGAAUUCAUUUGGAUUGUGCUUCUGCAGUGAGAUCUUAUACCCCAUUUUUUGGGGUGGUGAACUUGACAUUAGCUUUAUGACAGCAAAUGUGCUUUUUGUAUGCUGACUCCUGUGUCAAUGGCUUGACUACUUGUUAGACUUCUUGCAAAGCUUUUUUUUUUUUUAAUGGAUGCUAUUGUUUCUAUCAUUCUCAAAUAACUUGUGGUAGGGUUUUUUUUUCUUCCAGUGUAGUAUCUCAUUAGAAGUAACUUUAAAUGCACUUGUGCUGAGGGAAAUGGAUGGUCAUAUUGGCUGCUUUUUUCAGAGAAAUGACUCCAAGACAAACGUAGAUGCAUUUGGAUAGGCUGGGUUGAUACGAAUUAGAAAUGAGGGAAUUUAACUUUGCAAGAGAAUCAACGUUGGACACGACUUUCUAAAAUUCGGGAUGGUAUCUUUUUAUAGUUGAUGACUGAUUCUUGGAGGUGACGAUUCCUGGAGGGUUUUAAAGAAGCAAAACAAAAAAAACUCUGAAAAUAUUAUUGCCUUCCUAUGCUAAUUAUAGCUCCAUCAGAAGUUAUUUAUUUACUGUGAAUGCUUGAAGUAGAGCAUAGUGGUUCCAUAAGUCAUCUUUAUAUGCAGCUUCAAAUUGUAAUGAUGGAGUUUGUGCAAUGAAGAUAAGUAUAUUCCUUAUUGCCUGGUCCUGUAGGUCUGUCCAGCAUGGUCUGGGCCCACUGUCUUAAAUGGGAGCUGAGCGCUUAGCAUCUUGCAGAUGUUUGUAACAUUACUGUUUGAGAACCAAACCUGUCAUGUAGGCGGGCGAUAUACAAUGGAGGUCCUUUAUGUUAAAGAUGAGUUCUUACCAAUUAGAAUUUUUGCCAAGGCAGGCUUGGCGUGUGUGUAGAUAAAGAUGGCUGUGAGCCAUUGGUCACGCUUGCUGCUGGAAGAUGUCAGCAAGGGAUCUGUGGCUCUGCUUGUCUUUUUUUCCUCCAUGUCUUGAAGGCUGCAGCUGCUUCAGCUAAUGCCCUCUAGGACAACCUUGCAUGCUUGCCUAUGUGAUAGGUCAGAUAGCAACAUCAUGGUUGUAUGCUCCAGCAGCAAGAGAGGUGGUGAAGUGAUGUAUUUUUUAAAUGAAAAACUUGAAGACAAUGUCUCUGUAAAAUAAAGAAUAUAUUUAUUAUUUA